UCAAAAAAUUCUACACACCAGCAGUGUGUGAGGAGACCUGAAAGUGGCACAUGGCAGAAGAGUGUGGCGAUGGAGACAGCAGGCAAUGGGGAUGGCCGUACAGGGACCCAUGAGAGACUCUGGACCUUGCAGCAGCAUGAGGAGGCGGUAUAUAGGGGCCCAUGGCAGAUUAGGGGCCUGGCAGCAGCUAUAGGAGGCCCGUAAUCUGCCAGCACCCUAUGUCAAAAAAUUUUACACACCAGCAGUGUGAGGGAGACCUGAAAGUGGCACAUGGCAGAGUGUGGCGAUGGGAGAGACAGCAGCAAUGGGAGGCACGUACAGGGACCCAUGAGAGACUCUGGACUUGGCAGUGCAGCAUGA